CAGGGAGUAUUUUUGCAUUAUUCUUUUUACCAUACAAACAUAAAUCUCGACUUGUUUGACUCAAGAAAGCGCCGAGACGCACUUGCGUGUGAUGAUGACGCUGGUCCUGUCAGAUGCAGACCACGCCCCCCACCCCCACAUUAUUUCCCCCCCAGUUCCGGGUGGCGUCACGUGACUUCUCCGCCCCCACAUGUGCAGCGUCUUCUCCUCCACCCACCUCGGCCCCAAGUAAACAAUUCAGCGAUCGUUUCAUUGUGUCUGCCAGCAGGAAAGGCGGAACCAAAGACUCCUCCACCUGCCCGACCGAGGCUGCCGUCGGGACGUCAGAGGAGGCGAGCUCUCCGGCUUCCUCCUCGGGGAGCGACGCGAAGGAGCUCUGCGAAGACCUGAGCAUUGAAGACACUCAAUUUGUUCCAACGGUCACUGCAAUUUCCUCCACCCCCGAUUUCCAGUGGAUGGUCCAGCCCACGAUUAUUACAUCUGCCUCCCCGUCUCCGGGCAGCAAGCAAGCCAAUGAUCCACAAAGCUCUCCCCAGGCAACACCCAAAGUGGGCGGGAAUAAGGGCAAAAAGGCUGUCAGAAAGGGGAAAGCGGAGCAGCUGUCUCCAGAGGAGGAGGAGAAAAAGAGGAUAAGAAGGGAGAGGAAUAAAAUGGCUGCAGCGAAAUGUCGCAACAGACGGAGGGAACUCACUGAUACGCUGCAAACUGAGACGGACGAGCUGGAGGAGGAAAAAGCCGCCCUGGAGACCGAAAUCGCCGACCUCCUCAAAGAGAAAGAACGGCUCGAAUUCAUCCUCGCCGCGCACAAGCCGGCGUGCCAGGUGUCCGAAGAGUUGGAGGCCAUUUUCCAGGAGCCCGCGGGGUCCCCGGGGCCGCCGGCCAGUCCGGACGAGGACCGACUCCCGGACGACGGGACCCAGGAAGCGCCCUCGCUCCAGGACAUGGACGUCUCCAGCGAUCCGUCCGCCGCCAUCUCUGGCAACUCUGACAUCUUUCUGUGCGCCAGCGCUGAGAUCAACAUCUACGACCUGGAGCCCUCCCUGGACAUGAAGGACGGGCCGCUGGGAAGCACGUCCCCCGGUUCGGAGGAGAGAACCCCGAUGGAGACGGCUCGAUCCGUGCCGGACAUCGAUCUGAGCAGCUCCCUCGGGGUCUCGGACUGGGAGACCCUGUACAAGUCUGUGUCCAGCGACCUGGAGCCUCUCAGCACCCCGGUGGUGACCUCCACCCCCACCUGCAGCAGCUACCUGUCCGUGUUCACGUUCGCGUGUCCCGAGCUGGACUGUCUGACAGAGGGACUGGACAAAGGCGGAGGGGGCAAAGCUGAAUCGGUGGAUCUCCUCAACUCCCCGACUCUCCUGGCCUUAUAAUCCACAGAGGGAUGUGAUCUGUGGCAUCUCUAGUUUCUGUGGGUUGUUUUUUUCUGUUUGCAGUUUUCUGACUUUGAAAUGAUCCGAGCGACACUACAAGAGACACAUCCGUGCAGUGCCACGUGUUUGUGACAAACUGUCCUCCGGAUAGCCAACAGAGCGACGUAGCGGACAGCAUGUAUUUUACUUUCAAAGCGGGACUGAAGCCACUGUUGAUCUCACAACGCAUGCUGAACAAUUCCAUAUAGUUCUAAAAGCUUACAUAUAUGUCUAUAUCUGAUCUGUUACUAGAUCCAAGAUGUAAUGUGGAAUUUGAUGUAUCUGUAUGGUUUUAGUGUUAAUAGUGUAUCGAUUGCUGUAAAUGUUGUAUUUACGUAUCCAUGUUAAGUGCAUACCUCAAUAUCAUCAAGUGUGGUUCGAUCUCGUCGAAAGUUUUCCAUGAAAACAUCCAGUGCUAUAUGCUAUAUAUAUCUUAUCAAGAUGUAACUUAUGAUUUAUUUUUUUACCUUUCAGAAUUUAACUUAUUUGUUGGAUUUCAAAAUGAGUGAAAAUGAGCAUUGAUUGCUUAUCUAUUCUGCUGAAUAAUUACAAUAAAUCUACAUUCAAAGUGGA